UGUACAGAGUGUAGAGUUCAGGUGUGAGAUAUGUACAGAGUGUAGAGUUCAGGAGUGAGAUAUGUACAGAGUGUAGAGUUCAGGAUCUCUGGUCAUCUCCUGUACUAUGUCCGCAGUCUUUGGUCAUCUCCUGUACUGUGUCCGCAGUCUCUGGUCAUCUCCUGUACUAUGUCCGCAGUCUCUGGUCAUCUCCUGUAGUAUGUUUGCAAUCUCUGGUCAUCUCCUGUACUCUGUCCGCAGUCUCUGGUCAUCUCCUGUACUGUGUCCGCAGUCUCUGGUCACCUCUCUAGCCAUCUCCUGUACUAUGUCCGCAGUCUCUGGUCAUCUCCUGUACUGUGUCCGCAGUCUCUAUGGUCAUCUCCUGUACUAUGUCCGCAGUCUCUGGUCAUCUCCUGUACUGUGUCCGCAGUCUCUGGUCAUCUCCUGUACUGUCCGCAGUCUCUGGUCAUCUCCUGUACUAUGUCCGCAGUCUCUGGUCAUCCCCUGUACUGUGUCCGUAGUCUCUGGUCAUCUCCUGUAAUAUGUCCGCAGUCUCUGUCAUCUCCU